AUGAGCGACCUUCACAAAUCGUUUGCCAAGUCAAAAUUGGCCAAAUUGCCGCCCGAGGCUCCUGCUACCUUCGAUUCCUCGUCGAUGAACCCUCACGAUGAAACCAGUCAUGACGAUGAUUCCUCAUCAGUAUCAUCGGCGGGGACCGUGAUUCCGUCACCGAGCAGGCAGCUCUUUGCUCGAACGAGACAAGGAUCAUCUGCAUCAUCCUCGUUGAGCUGGAAAGACUUCUUCACCAAAGAGCUCUAUUUGACACAAGAAACGGACAGUCUCCGUAUCGUCCACCAUGUGUAUCUCACACCACCCACCGAUUCGGGCCCGCUCUUUGUCAUGCACCAUGGAGCGGGUUCGUCGGGUCUAUCAUUUGCGAACUGUGCGGAGGAAAUCCGCAAGAUCCUCCCUAAAGCAGGAAUCCUGUCGCUCGAUGCGCGCGACCACGGCCGCACGUCCGUGCAAAGGGAGGAUGGAGGCGAGGUCGAGCUAGAUCUCAGCCUGGACACCCUCCACCGCGAUCUGGUCUAUGUCGUUCGCAAGACCCAAACGGAGAUGGGUUGGAAGGAUCUGCCGGAUCUGGUUCUCGUCGGCCACAGCCUGGGAGGCGCUGUGAUCACUGACGUUGCAAAGAAGGGCGAGCUGGGCUCCAAGCUACUGGCUUAUGCGGUCUUGGAUGUUGUCGAGGGCUCCGCGAUGGAUGCUCUACAGAGCAUGGAGAAAUACCUCUCCACUCGCCCGUCAAAAUUUCCUUCGUUGACAUCAGGCAUUGAGUGGCAUACCCGUUCUCGAACAAUCAGAAACAGAGCCUCAGCAAGAGUCUCCGUCCCAUCCUUGUUGUACGAGGAGGAAAACCCCACCGACCCUUCAAAGCCAUGGGUCUGGCGGACCAACCUCUCAGCAACGAAACCAUUCUGGGAAGACUGGUUCGUCGGCCUGAGUCGCAAGUUCCUCGAGGCCCGCGGGGGGAAACUCCUCCUCCUAGCCGGGACAGACAGACUUGACAAGGAGUUGAUGAUUGGGCAAAUGCAGGGCAAAUACCAACUUCAAGUUCUCCCGGGGGCAGGCCAUUUCGUCCAGGAAGACGAGCCCACCAAGACUGCCCAGAUCCUGGUAGACUUUUACAAACGGAACGAUCGAAGUGCCCUUGUGCUUCCGCCCAAGGUGGCAGACAUGCAGGCUUCUGCCGCUAUGAAGAAGGGCGCUGGUGCGCCUGGGGGAUUCCCCAGCGGGAGUUCGGUGGGUCCAUUCAAGAAAACAUAA